GGAUUACAGUAUUUUACACACUGUCAAGCUUGGGUUUUGGUGCAGCCCACUUUCUCCACCGUUUGGCAUUUUCUUCUCUACUACGGAAUGCUCGUUUCUCGGAAAUUUUGAUUUGUUCCUUUCCAAGUUUGGCGUUUACUAGAUUCAUUGGGUUUUCUCUUCUGGGUUUCAAUAGUUUAUUGUCUUUUUCCCCAACUCUUAGUUCAUUAGAUUCAACAAUUUCAUCACAUAUAGUUUCUGCUCUCUCUGACUCUUUUUUUUAUUUACUGGGUAGAAACUCCAAUUUGGAAAUUGGCAGUACUAAUACUAAUUAAAGUGUGAAACUUUCCUCUGCCAGACAAAAUGGAGAGGGAACAUGAACAGCAUCAUGUUCAUGUCUACUACUGCCUACACUUUGCAUGCAGUAGCUGUAAUGACUGAUGAAUUUGGGGUGCCUCGUUUACAGUGAUAUUUGAAGAUCCUUAUGCUCUUUUUAAUGGAAUAAAUUCCCAACACCAUCAUCCUUAGCACUCUAAUCAUUUCAACCCCACAAACGCCCCUUCCCCUCGCCUCUCUUUUUCCAUUAAUUAAAGAAGAUCACAGAGCACCCCAGAAAAGAAAAAGCGAAAAACAAAGGAUAAAGAGAAACCCAAUCCUCCCCUCUCUCUCUACCUCUCUGCUUUUCGAAGGUAUCCCAAUGUCUUCCCCACCAACCGCCAUUUCUUCACCUUAAAGCUUCCUGUGGCCAUCAAUGUCAUUCUGUAAUUACUAGAAAGAGAAAAAGGGGUGGGAGAUAAAGGAGAGAUGGAUGUGGGAAGAAGGAAAGCAGGGGUUGGUAUUAGUAGUGUGGUUUCGGGGUCUGUUUGGGAGAGCAGGAUGAAGAUGGAUGAAGUGAAAGGUGGGAUUAAGGUCUUCAAUGGCGAAGAUGGGAGUGGUAAAGAUGGCAGAGCUGUAACGAGGGCAAUGUCGAAGAGAAUUUCUACUGCAACAACUGAUGGUGCGGCGGCAGUGAGUGCGAAGAGGAAGGUUUGGAGUUGCGACGGGGCAGAGGGAUCUGAGAAAUCCCCAGCUAAAGGGAAGAGGAAUUGCGACGAAUUCAAGAGCCCAAUUCAGGGCAGGAAGUUGAGAUCUGAGGGGAAUGAGGAGAAUUCUGUUGCUAUUGGGAGAAUUGAGAGAACCCCAACUCAGAUUAGGAAGUCGAAAUCCGAAGUGGGGAGCAGAUCAAACAGAGAAACUCAUGAGAAGACCCAAAUUCAGCUGAGGAAGGUGAAAUCGGAUUCCAUCAGGACGAUCGAUAAUGACAAUGCCAAGGCCAUUAUUGUCGUUGCCGGUGACGGAUUCGGUGCAAAUUUGGAGCAUUUGAAAAACCCAGAAUCGGAAUCGAACGAAGUCGAGAAGGGAAUCCACGGAUCUGUUAAGGAAAUUGAGAAACCCCAAGUUGAGAAUGAGAGUUCUUGCAGGGAAUUUGGAGUGUGCCACAUUCCGAUCAAAUCCGCUCAAAACGUGUCGAUCGAUGAUAGCGAUGUUAAAGAUGAAAACGAAGGAGACGAAGGGGAGGAAUCAGAAGAAGAAGACAUUGAAAUUGAGAAGGAGAGCUUCGAUAUCAAGGAGAUCAAUCUUCCGGAACCCAAGAAAGUUGUGAAUGAAGUGAAGAGAUUCCACCAAAUCUACCAAAAACAGUCCCCACCAAUUAAUAAACAUUCCACCGUUUACCAGAAUCUCUCAAAACCCACUACAACACCAGAUGAGUACCACAGCUUCCAAGAAAAGAGCAACAAAUUGCAGAGCUUAGUGGACUUGGUAAUGUGGAAGGAUGUAUCGAGAUCUGCCUUCGUCUUCGGGAUUGGAUCUUUUGUUAUAAUAUCAUCUUCCUACGCCAAGGACAUCAAUAUCAGCUUUAUUUCUGUGGUAUCAUAUCUGGGACUCUUCUAUCUCGCAGCCACGUUCCUGUACAGAUCCAUUAUUUGCAGGGGAGCCAUUGAUACGGAGCAUGUGAGACAUGUAGUGGGAGAAGAAGAAGCAAUUUGGGUUCUGAAAUUUGUCCUCCCUUACUUGAAUGAGUUCUUAUUAAAGCUGAGAGCUCUGUUCUGUGGAGAUCCUGCAACUACAAUGAAGCUGGCAGUACUGCUAUUUGCCUUGGCUAGAUGUGGCAGCUCCAUAACCGUCUGGAAAGUCGCCAAAUGGGGGUUUUUUGGAGUUUUUACUGUGCCUAAAGUCUGCUCUUCGUACUCCUCGCAGUUAGCAGCUUACGCCAAAUUUUGGGUUCGACGAUUCGGUGAUGCAUGGGAGUCGUGCUCCCAUAAGAAGGGAGUGGCUGUAGCAAUCUUCGUGCUCGUAUGGAAUUUGUCUUCAGUUGUGGCUCGCAUUUGGGCUGCAUUUAUGCUCUUCGUGGCGUUUCGAUACUACCAGCAAUCUAUACUAACAGACGACUGGGUGGAGGAGGAUGAGGUGGAGGAAGUUGGAGACACGUGUCAAGCUUCUAUUGGAAAGGAAAAACAUGGCAGUGGGCCCCGUUUUGGAGGUAUGACCAAUGCCAAGCAAAAGAAGAAAUUUUGAGUAGACCCCUAUUUUUCAUGAAAUAAACAAAUUUUGUGGACCCUUUCAAUUGGUUUCUUGGUCAUUUGGUUUUUGUUGCCAUAGAAGUUAUAUUUUUGCGAUGUAAAUAUUUGUGGAUUACUUCAAUAAAAUCAAGCAAUCCCCAUUAUAGUUUUUCUAGAA